UUUUUCAAAAGCCGAACACUCCCUUGUUGCCUUUUACACGGGAUUGAAAUCAAUGUCUCCGCGCUGUUUGCUGUUGACUCCAAUGAGGAGGACACAAAGGGAGAGAGGGCGAGAGAGCAUCGCAUUCAAUGAGGGAGAGCGAGCGAGAGAGCCCUCCAUCCUUCCUGGUUGGUGGUUUUGAUGCGCAUCUUCCUUCCUGCCCUCCCUCCCUCCCUCUCUCGGUCUCUCCUCCCUCCAUCUCCUCCUCUCGGCGCUCGUCUAGUCUGAGCCGGCCUAGCUCCCUCACGCCGAACCCCGGAACCGAACGCAAACCAUCUGGGUGCGAGUCGGCCGGGGCCCCACUUGGCAGGGCAAUGCUGCGCUAAGCUAGCCAGCCGUUUGCGCACUUCCUGCCGGCUUGGCUUUGUGCUGAGGGGGAUGUAGAGAGGAAGGUGGGAUCCGAAGACGCCGCGUCUGCUCUGUGCCCGUCCGCCGAGCGGCCUCUUUGCCAGGCUCCCCCCUCACACAAGAUGUCGACCAGGACGCCAUUGCCCACGGUGAACGAGCGUGACACCGAGAAUCACUCGUCCGCAGACGGCUUUGUGGAGCCCCCGGCCCCUCCGACCAAGUCGGCGAGCCGCCACAGUCUCCCGCGAUGUCGCAACUCCUUCACCUCCACCGAGGAGCACCCGCACAUCGGGAACUACCGCCUCCUGAAGACCAUCGGGAAGGGAAAUUUCGCCAAGGUCAAGCUAGCGCGUCACGUCCUGACUGGACGAGAGGUGGCAGUCAAGAUUAUCGACAAAACCCAGCUGAAUCCCACCAGUCUACAGAAGCUCUUCAGGGAAGUGCGGAUAAUGAAGUUACUGAAUCAUCCAAAUAUUGUAAAAUUAUUUGAGGUGAUUGAAACGGAGAAGACGCUCUAUUUGGUGAUGGAGUAUGCCAGUGGUGGUGAGGUGUUUGACUAUCUAGUGGCUCACGGUCGGAUGAAAGAGAAGGAGGCCAGGGCCAAGUUCAGGCAGAUUGUGUCUGCCGUGCAGUAUUGCCACCAGAGGAGGAUAGUUCACAGGGAUCUAAAGGCCGAGAACCUCCUGUUGGACGCCGACAUGAACAUCAAGAUAGCGGAUUUUGGCUUCAGCAACGAGUUCACUGUGGGCAGCAAGCUGGACACCUUCUGUGGUUCUCCACCCUACGCCGCCCCGGAACUCUUCCAAGGGAAGAAGUACGACGGACCCGAGGUGGACGUGUGGAGCCUCGGGGUCAUCCUCUACACGCUGGUCAGCGGAUCCCUGCCCUUCGACGGACAAAACCUCAAGGAACUGAGAGAGCGGGUCCUGCGGGGCAAGUACCGCAUCCCCUUCUACAUGUCCACAGACUGUGAAAACCUGCUGAAAAAACUACUGGUGCUUAACCCGGUCAAACGUGGCAGUUUGGAGCAAAUCAUGAAAGACCACUGGAUGAAUGUGGGUCACGAGGAGGAGGAGCUUAAGCCGUAUAUCGAGCCCGAGGCCGACUUCAGCGACUCCACCAGAAUAGAGCUCAUGGUGACCAUGGGAUUCCCCAAAGAUGAGAUCACAGAGUCCUUACAAAGCCAGAAGUAUGAUGAUGUCAUGGCCACUUAUCUGCUGCUGGGAAGAAAAGCGCCAGAGUUCGAGGGGAGCGAGCCCCUGACCAACAGCGUCCUGGCUCAGCGGCAACGUCCCACCAGCGACAUCAACAACGGCUCCAGUAUUUCUCCCGCCCAUCCCAAAGUCACGCGCAGCAUCUCGGCCAAUCAGAAGCAGCGCCGCUACAGCGAUCAUGUGGGUCCCUCUGUGCCGCCGGCGGUGUCAUACACGCGGCGGGGUCAGGCUUUGAGCGUGGAGAGCGACCACCGAGAGGAAUGGGACGGUGCCCGCCGACUGGAGCUCAGCACUUCCAAGGGAGACGUUCCCGCCUCGCCACUGGGAGUGCAGGAAAGGAAGAAAACCACAAGCGGUGUCGGGACCAACGGCUCAAUGACUCGCAGGAACACGUAUGUGUGCGAGCGAUCCUCCACCGAGCGCUAUUCGGCCAUUCCCAACGGCAAAGACAGCAGUUUAACCGAGGUGUCGGGCAGCACCCCGUCGACUGCAGUGACCUCCGCGCGGCCUCGCCACAUCAAGUCCAUGUCAUCUUCGGGACACCCUUCAAAGAGCACACUGCCCCCCAUUGAUGACAGCACGGAGUUGAAAUCCAGCUCCUCUCCAAGGGGUCCUUCCACCUCUCCCUCCGCACACAGUAUUAGCACCCCCGAGAAGAACCGCUUCCCGCGGGGCACCACCAGCCGCAGCACCUUCCACGGCGCCCAGCUGCGAGACCGCCGCAGCGCCACCUACAAUGGGCCGCCGGCCUCGCCCACGCUGUCUCACGACACGGGCGCCCUGGCGCAGCAGCGACGAGGCACCUCCACUGGUAUCAUCAGCAAGAUCACCUCCAAGUUUGUCCGCAGAGCUCUGUCUUUCAGGUCCACUCGGAGGGUGCCCAGCGAGGGAGAGGCCAGUGCCAGGACAGAUACACCCAGGAGCGCGUCGGGCGACCCCAAGGAGGACGGCGGCCGGGACUCCAAGCCGCGCUCGCUGCGCUUCACCUGGAGCAUGAAGACCACCUCGUCCAUGGAGCCCUCGGAGAUGAUGCGGGAGAUCCGCAAGGUCCUGGACGCCAACAGCUGCGACUACGAGCAGCGGGAGCGCUUCCUGCUCUUCUGCGUGCACGGCGACGCCCGCCAGGACAACCUGGUCCAGUGGGAGAUGGAAGUGUGCAAGCUUCCUCGCCUCUCACUCAACGGCGUGCGCUUCAAGAGGAUAUCGGGCACGUCCAUCGCCUUUAAGAACAUCGCUUGCAAAAUUGCCAACGAGCUCAAACUGUGACGCAACUACAACAGCAGCAGCAGCAGCAACAACAACAACUGCGGGCUCAUCUCAUCACUGGAUUCAUGCACUGAACGUCCUCGCCGCGCAUUAUCAGGGUGGCCUCGGCUGGUAGCGUGCAAUACUGGCCACGAAUGUACUGCACAGAGGAGACGGCCUCAUCGGACCCUCUGUGACGGCUUACAGCGACAUCUUUUCUGUUUGUUUGAAACUGUCCGUCCAGGCCUGUGUGUGUCUUUCGCUCUCUCUCUUCCUUUCAAAGGACACAUAACAUGCAGUAUGCAGCUGAACACCCUGCAAUAAUGUUUUUGUUUUCUAAACGACUACUACCAGAUCUUACGCUGAAUAACUCGCCGCUUUUUCCACCUGUGUUCCGUGCGUAUGUAGAGCAGGCUGGAGCUCAUACUAAAAACGAUGUAAAAAGAAUUGUACUGUAUGCAUAACAUCUGCAGGUACUGUAUAUUGAUUUUUGAGUUGUGUACAGAUUUUCUUUCAUGGGAUUUAUUUUCUUUUUUGGUUCCCAAUAUAAGUGAUGUCUCUUAGAGCAUUUUCCUUUUUUUUUUUUGCUCUGUGAAUUUUUUUUUUUUUUUUUUUUUUAAAAAGCCUGAAUAGCGUUUUUCCAUUUCAUGUAACGAGCACUAAAUUAUUUUGCGGAAUAUGAAAGGGAGACGUUCCCUUGCCUUUUGUGUUCUAUUUUAUUUGCCUAUGGAGGAAACGAAAAGAAGAAAAAAAAAAACAAAGUUGCACCAUGUAGUAGUAAAACUGAAAAUGUGUUCACUUUAUUUUCUCUGGGCAGUAAGGGGGCGAGGUUAAUGUGAAGGUCCCUGCUGCCCUUUGCACAAGUUUUCUCACUAUGACAGUAUGCACCUGUUGUUUCUUUCCAACAAGAUUUGCUGGUCCUCGGUUACAUUAAAAGCAGGCAUUUAAAUCAGUUCGCCAAGAAGCAUGAGAAGUUAAAAAAAAAAAAAAAGAGAACGUUCGUCUCAACACCCUUGUUUGGUCCUGCAUCUCCACCAAUGUGAUACUUGUGUAUCUCUUGUUUUUGUUCUGGAUUUAUUUUUUGUUAAUUCAGCAAAUUUUAUUGUAUUUAUUCCAUUACAUUGUAAUGUGCUGCUUUGUAGAAAUAAGGUGUGCACUUUGUUGGAGAAAAUAAAAAGGAUUUUAUUUGUUUGUA